UGCUCCCCUGCGCUCUUUCUCUAAAAGUACAAACCCACGAAAAACAUAAGAGAAGAUAAGAGAAAAUCAAACCAAACAAAAUUCCAAUUAAGAGAAAUGGUAAGUUCAAAGAAAUUCCAAUUAAGAGAAAUGGUAAAUUCAAUCUUUGAAGCGGCAAAUAUGAGGAAACUGAGCCUUCUCAUAUUUGUUCUCUGUAUUUUGAUUUCCCUCAAGAAUCAAAAUGCGGAGACCAAGAAAGGCUUAUCAUCAAUCGCCGAAUAUUGGUCUUCUUCCUCCUGGGAUUUGUAUCCUUCGAUGUUCUUGUCUAUGGAGGAAGAAGAAGAAGGCCAUCCUCAACGGUCACUGGAGUAUGAUUUUUAUCGAGUUUCCUGCCCACAAGCUGAGAAAAUCAUUCGAGAGGUGAUUCGGAAAACUUACAAGGUUCGGUCCAGUGUGGCUGCAGAACUCUUGAGGCUUGCUUUCCAUGAUUGUUUCGUUGAGGGGUGUGAUGCUUCUGUUCUAUUGGAUGCUGCUGAAGACUUAAAAUCUGAAAAAGAUUCUACCCCCAACGAAAAUCUUAAGGGAUUUGAUAUAAUUGACAUAAUCAAGUCACAGGUUGAAGAAGUAUGCCCUGGUGUUGUUUCUUGUGCUGAUAUUGUUGUUUUAGCGGCCAGAGAAGGUAUUGUUCAGGCCGGUGGCCCAUUCUAUCCAUUAUUAACUGGCAGAAGAGAUGGUUUUCGCUCUUUCCCAGAUAUAGCUACAUACGAGCUUCCUUCACCUCUAGCUGAUCUAUCUGAAACCCUUGCAUCUUUUGCAUCUAGGGGUUUUGAUGAAAGAGAAACCGUCAGUCUCUUAGGUGCUCACAGCAUUGGAAUGAUCCACUGCAAAUUCUUCGAAAACCGUCUCUACAACUUUGGUGGGACUAAUAAGCCUGAUCCCUCUCUUGAUCCUCAAUUCCUUAACCAAAUAAGGUCAAGAUGCAACAACAGCAAUGUGUCAGUGACUCCAGCCGCAUCACCUUUCUUUGAUGCCUCAGUGCCAUCUUCAUCAGCACCACCAGCUUCCUUUGACAUCUUGGAGUCGUCAUCAACGGCUGCAUCACCUUCCUGUAAUGGAUCACCAUCAUCUUCUGAGAAGCCAGGAAGGAUGGGCGAAAUUUCAUCAUCAUCAGCACCUUCACUUUCUUUCCAAGGCUCAGUAUCUUCCUCACCAACAUCAUUUACAAAACCAUCAGUUUCAUAUGAAGGUUCACUACAGUCUUCACUGGAGGGUCCGGGAAUCAAUAUGGCCUAUGAGGGACCUGGAAUAGAUUUUGGCUCAGUGUACUACCACAGUCUUCUGCAAGGUAGAGGAAUCCUCUAUUCUGACCAGCAACUAAUGUCCGGGGAAGAAACUGGGAUUUGGGUCAAAGCAUAUGCUUCAGAUGUCAGCUUGUUCCUCCGAGACUUUGCCCAGGCAAUGAUGAAGCUCUCAGAUCUCCAUGUCUUAACAGGUUCAGCAGGUCAGGUACGGCUUAAUUGUUCAAGGGUGGCAUGAGAGAAGAUCGAGUAGGAGAAAGGAAGAUUAUAUUAGUUUUGCAGCUUUCCUACACCGAUUUUUGGGAUUUUGCGAUCAUGAAUUGGAAUUUUCAAGAUAUGGAUGGAUUUCUGUUGUUACCUUGUAAAUUUAGUAUUGAGAUUAAAGGCUAACAAUCAAAUACUUGUUCAACAAAAUCUAUAAAUAUAAAUGAUUUUUU